GGUGACGUCACGCUUUGGCGCGGAAUUCGUUUGCUGCGGGUUCGCGCUCAUUUUCCAGCUCCUGAUACACAGAGACACAGACCCCGGCCCGGCUCAUCACCAUGCACGUCAUCAAGCGAGAUGGAAGGCAGGAACGCGUUAUGUUUGAUAAGAUCACAUCUCGGAUCCAGAAAUUGUGCUAUGGACUUAACGGAGACUUUGUGGAUCCGGCUCAGAUCACAAUGAAGGUCAUCCAGGGACUGUACAGCGGCGUCACCACAGUGGAACUGGACACUCUGGCAGCGGAAACUGCAGCUACCCUGACCACCAAACACCCGGAUUACGCCAUCCUGGCUGCGCGGAUCGCGGUCUCCAAUCUCCACAAGGAAACCAAGAAAAUAUUCAGUGAUGUCAUGGAAGAUCUCUAUAACUACAUCAACCCUCUGAACAGACGUCACUCCCCUAUGGUCUCCAAAGAAACGCUGGACAUCGUGCUGGCCAACAAAGACCGCCUCAACUCCUCCAUCAUCUACGACAGAGACUUCUCCUACAACUUCUUUGGGUUUAAGACCCUGGAACGCUCCUAUUUGCUGAAAAUUAACGGAAAAGUGUCCGAGCGUCCCCAGCACAUGCUCAUGAGGGUGUCCGUUGGGAUUCAUCAGACGGACAUUGAUGCCGCUAUAGAAACGUACAACCUGCUGUCUGAGAGGUGGUUCACACACGCGUCACCCACGCUCUUCAACGCUGGCACGAACAGGCCUCAGCUCUCCAGCUGCUUCCUGCUCUGUAUGAAAGAUGACAGCAUCGAAGGCAUUUAUGACACAUUGAAGCAAUGUGCCCUGAUAUCCAAGUCUGCCGGCGGGAUUGGUGUCGCCGUCAGCUGUAUACGAGCCACUGGGAGUUACAUUGCUGGGACAAACGGAAAUUCCAAUGGCCUUGUCCCAAUGUUACGCGUCUACAACAACACUGCUCGCUACGUGGAUCAGGGAGGAAAUAAGAGACCCGGGGCAUUCGCCAUCUACUUGGAGCCAUGGCACUACGACGUGUUUGACUUCCUGGACCUGAAGAAGAACACUGGGAAAGAGGAACAACGAGCAAGAGAUCUCUUCUAUGCCCUGUGGAUCCCAGAUCUCUUCAUGAAACGUGUGGAAUCUAAUCAGGACUGGUCUCUGAUGUGUCCUCACGAGUGUCCGGGCCUGGAGGAAGUUUGGGGAGAGAAGUUUGAAGAGUUAUAUGGAAGGUAUGAGAAAGAGGGGCGGGCACGCAAGGUGGUGAAAGCCCAGCAGCUAUGGUACGCCAUCAUCGAGUCUCAGACAGAAACUGGCACGCCGUACAUGCUCUACAAGGACUCGUGUAACCGCAAGAGCAACCAGCAGAACCUGGGCACCAUUAAGUGCAGUAACCUGUGUACGGAGAUCGUGGAGUACUCCAGCGACGAUGAGGUUGCCGUCUGUAACUUGGCCUCCCUCGCCCUGAACAUGUACGUGACUCCUGAACGCACCUUUGACUUCAAGAAGCUGGCAGAUGUCACCAGGGUCGUUGUCCGGAACCUGAACAAAAUAAUAGAAAUCAACUUCUACCCUGUUCCCGAGGCCGAAUACUCAAACAAGAAGCACCGUCCGAUAGGAAUCGGAGUGCAGGGUCUGGCCGACGCCUUUAUCCUCAUGCGAUACCCGUUUGAGAGCCCCGAGGCCCAGUUACUGAACAAGCAGAUCUUUGAGACCAUUUAUUACGCCGCGCUGGAGUCCAGCUGUGAGCUGGCUAAAGAGCUCGGAGCCUACGACACCUAUGAGGGGUCUCCUGUUAGCAAAGGGAUCCUGCAGCACGACAUGUGGAACGUCACGCCCACCGCGCUGUGGGACUGGACGCCGCUGAAAGAGAAGAUUGCCAAAUACGGUAUUAGGAACAGCCUCCUCCUAGCGCCAAUGCCCACUGCCUCCACCGCACAGAUACUGGGCAACAAUGAGUCCAUUGAGCCCUACACCAGCAACAUCUAUACCCGCAGGGUCCUGUCCGGGGAGUUCCAGAUUGUGAACCCGCACUUGAUGAAAGAUCUGACGGAGCGAGGUCUGUGGGAUGAAGAAAUGAAGAAUCGGAUAAUUGGCUGCAACGGCUCCGUUCAGACUAUUGACGAGAUCCCCGAUGACCUGAAAGAGCUCUACAAGACGGUCUGGGAAAUUUCCCAGAAAACCAUCAUUCAGAUGGCCGCCGACAGAGGAGCCUUCAUUGACCAGAGCCAGUCUCUAAACAUCCACGUGGCGGAGCCCAACUACGGCAAGCUGACCAGUAUGCACUUCUACGGCUGGAAGCUGGGAUUGAAGACCGGCAUGUACUAUCUCCGAACCCGGCCUGCCGCCAACCCCAUCCAGUUUACACUAAACAAGGAGAAGCUAAAAGAGAGCUCCAAAGAGGAGACUGAAAAGGAGGAGCGUAACAAGGCCGCCAUGGUGUGUUCUCUGGAAAACCGCGACGAAUGUCUAAUGUGCGGCUCGUAGCGGAGCUGAAACCAUCUGAUGGGAGCGGCCGCUCCGAGGAACACAAACUGGAUCAAAGACUGGGAACUGGGCUGGGCUGUCCGUGUGUGGUGUCCUUCUACCUUCCUGUAGUCUCUGCGUUUGGGCUUGCAGUCUCUACAUGUAUCUGCAGGUCAGGAGUGCUGUUACUACUCCACCAUUCUUCACUGUGCUAGAAAUUAAUUAAUUGUUUUCUACAAAGCAA